AUGGUGGCCAUGGCUAGCCCAGAUGUGAUGCUGCUCCUGAUGUUGCUGCUGCUUGGCUUCGCAGGAGGUAGAGCAGGAACAGCAGCAGCAGCAACCGACAGUAGCCCUAUCUGCGACACGGCGGAGUGCGGCAAGGGCACCUGCAGUGAGGUGCCGGGGAUCAUCCCCGAGGUCACGACUUCCUACAAGUGCACCUGCGACCCGGGCUGGUCCCAGCCGAAGUUGCUCAACCUAACGGUCCUACCCUUCAUGCCCUGCAUCGUGCCCAACUGCACCUUCAGCAGUGCUUGCUUCAACCCUACCGUGCCGAUGCGGAGCAUUCCUCUCACAGACCCCUGCGCCCUCGUCAAUUGCGGCCAGGGAGGUGACUGCGAGAAGGGCGCCGGCUCCAGUUACCAGUGCCGCUGCCAGCCGGGCUUGAGAAACAUGUUCAACCUCACCUCCAUGCCUUGCAUCGGCGGCAACUGCACGUUUGGGGCAGACUGCGCCAGGCUAGGACUGGAUUAUCCAUUGCCAUGGAAUCCAACGUCUAGACUACUACUGGUUACUGCAAUAUAG